CAGGACACACUGCUAUAAUAAGGUAGUAAAUCACGUCUCCCUCCGGCUGGCUGAUGGGCGGCUCGGCUGAGCGCUGCCCGCCCUGUGGGUGUGUUUAAGGCAAAUGGGCCUCUGCAUCCACCUGCUAGCGCCCUGCCUCCUUACAUUCAGGAGCGCCCAAGUUUCCCGAGGAGCACGCGUUGCGUUCCUGGACCUCUGAACGCCACGGGGACUUUGUUUCCAACUGCUGUUUUUCCCCCACGAGAUGGUGAUUGCGGUCGUGCGGAGACGAUAUUUCCUCGCGUCGCCGUCUCGCACAAGACUGAACUAGAGAAACAUUUUCUCUUUUGUUUUUAACUGUCAUUUUCUCACUGUACACUGACAACCCCGGGGCCAAUAACCGCGCAGUGCGCACAGGUAACACUGCACUCCUCCUGAACGGGGACUGUCCAGAGGCUGCACCGGGAUUUUCUAUUGUUAUUACUGAUUUCAACUUGGAGACCAAAGUGACCGAUCUGUUGGAAUUGGUUUCUUCAGUAACUUGUAGGGUUGGAUCGGAAGUUAUAUUAGGAAAGCUGUAAUAAUAAGAGAUUUUUUUUAAGACGCUCUUUGUGCGCUACUGGAGGUUGGUCAACCAUGCAGCUGGAUGGUCUGUGGACGGUCCACGCCCUCCUGGCACUGUCCAGCUUCGCUCUCGGGAGCUCAGUGAUCAACGAGCCUUUGGCUGCACCCCGCGUCUUCAUCUCCUUCAAGGAGCUGAGAUCCACCGGUACCGCUCAUCACUUCGCCUACCUCCUCAAUACAUCCGACUACCGGAUCCUGCGUAUGGAUGAGGACCAUGACCGCAUGUAUGUUGGCAGCAAGGACCACAUCCUGUCCCUGGACCUCCAUGACAUCAACAAGGACCCACAUAUCAUCCACUGGCCAGUCUCCGAACGAAGAAGGAUGGAGUGCCUUGUGAGUGGGAAGGACGCCAAUGAGGAGUGUGCGAACUUCAUCCGUCUGAUCGAGCCAUGGAAUCGCACUCAGCUGUACGUCUGUGGGACAGGAGCUUACAAUCCAGUCUGCACUUUUGUCAAUCGCGGACGCAAACCUCAGACGUCCAUGUAUCUGCAGAUGGCCCAAUCCAGAGGAAGGGCUAACCGCGCAGCUGAACCCAGUGCGGUGCACGAGACACUUGGACUAAAGGAAGAAAUCUUCCAUUUGGAGCCGGGCAAAGUGGAAUCUGGGAAGGGAAAGUGCUCUUAUGACCCGAAGCUUAACAGUGUGUCAGCUUUGAUCAAUGGUGAACUGUAUGCUGGGGUCUAUGUUGACUUUAUGGGAACAGACUCUGCCAUUUUCCGUACUUUGGGGACAAAGACUGCCAUGCGAACGGAUCAGUACAACUCCAGAUGGUUAAAUGACCCCAGUUUCAUCCAUGUACACCUCAUCCCUGACAGUGCAGAGAGAAACGACGACAAACUGUAUUUCUUCUUCCGGGAGAAGUCCUCAGAGAUGGGCCAGAGUCCUGUGACCCAGUCCCGUAUUGGACGUAUCUGCCUGAAUGAUGAUGGAGGCCACUGCUGUCUGGUUAACAAGUGGAGCACCUUCCUGAAGGCCAGGCUCAUCUGCUCAGUGCCAGGGGCUGACGGCAUGGAGACGCACUUCGAUGAGCUCCGAGAUGUUUAUAUACAACCAACACAGGACACAAAAAAUCCUGUGAUAUAUGGAGUCUUCUCAGUCUCUGGCUCUGUCUUUAAAGGCUCAGCAGUUUGUGUUUACUCCAUGGCCGACAUCCGCAUGGUCUUCAACGGACCCUUUGCCCACAAAGAGGGUCCAAAUUACCAGUGGGUAGCCUACACUGGGAAGAUCCCCUACCCUCGACCUGGCACAUGCCCUGGAGGUACGUUCACCCCCAACAUGAAGUCCACAAAGGACUAUCCAGAUGAAGUGAUUAACUUCAUGAGGAAUCACCCUGCCAUGUACAAUGCUGUGUACCCGAUACACAAGCGCCCCCUGGUGGUUCGAACAAACGUGGACUACGAGUUCACCACCAUCACUGUGGACCAGGUGACAGCUGCAGAUGGCAACUACGAAGUACUCUUCUUAGGAACCGACAAGGGAACAGUUCAGAAAGUCAUCGUUCUGCCCAGAGAUGACCUGCAGACUGAGGAGCUGGUCCUGGAGGAGGUAGAGGUUUUCAAGGUCCCUACUCCGAUUACAACAAUGAAGAUCUCGUCCAAAAGACAACAGCUAUACGUAUCAUCUGUGGUAGGGCUGACCCAGUUGGCUCUUCACCGCUGUGAUGUGUACGGUGAGGCCUGUGCUGACUGCUGUCUGGCCAGAGACCCUUACUGUGCCUGGGAUGGCAAGUCCUGCUCCCGUUACUCCGCCUCGCAGAAGAGGUCUGACCCCUUUAGACGUAGCCGGAGGCAGGACGUCAAGUACGGGAACCCCAUCCGCCAGUGCCGAGGCUUCAACUCUAACGCCAAUAAGAACACUCUGGAGAUGGUGCAGUAUGGGGUGGAGGGAAGCAGUACCUUCCUGGAGUGUCAGGCCCGCUCUCCACAUGCUGUCAUCAAGUGGCAUCUGCAGAGAGAUAACAGCGACCGCAGGAAAGAGAUGCGUUCUGAUGGUCGAAUUUUGAAGACAGAGCAAGGUCUACUCCUGCGGUCUCUGCAUUCCUCUGACUCUGGCAUGUACCAGUGUACGGCUACAGAGAAGAACUUCAAACACUCACUGGUCAAGCUGCAGUUGGUGGUACUGUCGAGCCGGGCGGUCAACAACGUGCUGGUGGAGGGCGCAGGAGGGUUGGUGUCGUCUUCUCUCCACUCCAGCAGCACCCAAUGGACCCCCAGCGCAGGCCAGUACAAGGACCUGCUGACCAUCCUGAGCCAGCCAGAGAUGACCCUGAUCAAUCAAUACUGCCAGGACUACUGGCAGUUUGGAGACCCGCUGCUAGGUGCCCUCAAGGCUAAAGACCUGAAAGAGCUCAAGGAGCAAAAGAAGCCCCGCAACCGCCGGCAUCACGGGGAGGGGGAGGAGAAAGAGGAGCUGGAGGAGGUAGAGACAUGAGGAGCCCAGCUUUGUGUCUGAAACACCCUCAACCACCCUUCCCCCCCGACCCUGUGAAGACUGGGAGAGACUCACUGAGAGUAGCAACGUGAAAAAAUCCACAAACCGAAAAAAAGCAAACUGAUAAAAAGUAGGCACACACACAAAACCCCACAUACAUCCUCUCAAACAGUAAGAUAUAUGAUACACAGUAUUUAUUGUAGGUUGUAUAUAGUAUCAUUCUGUGGAUUUCUUUGUACUUAUAGAAAAAAAACAUGCUCUUUGUGUAUAGGUACCUUUGGGGCAAAUAUUAUUGUUAUUAUUGAUGUUGUUAAUUUUAUUGUUGCUGUUACUGUCAUCACAAAGCUCAUCUGUCAGAUUGUUUGGAAUGUGUUAUCAGGCGUGUAAGCUGUGGGGGCGAGCUCAGAGGAGCUCUCCAUAACGGGGAAACGAGAUGUUGACGAGGGGUGACGGGAUCUCUGUUGUUUUCGUGCUUACUUUGCCUCAACGCCAAGACUUUUUUAUUUCUGGACACUCCAGGAAUGCCUGUGACGCAAUCUCCUCAUGGUUGCAUGUGGACAGAGACUUCAUAUUGCAAGGGGACCAUCGAUACGUGGUCCCAGUUAUUGUGGGGAAACAGUCCUUUCCCCAUGGGAACCAAGAUGUUCAGAUGACUGUUCAGAAAUUCUCACUGGUAUAAUCUGGCCUUUUCAAUAGGAACCUUUAUUUUUCUUCUAUUGCCUUCUUAAUUGGAGGAUUGAUUGUAAAAUGAUACAACGUUUUUGCUAUUUUUCAGCCCACAUACUAUGAUUUCCUAAAUCCCAGAUGUACUUGUGAGUGACCUGUGGUGGCUUCUUGUGGCCAUUAACUUUAAAAAAGAUAUGUAGAUUGAGGAAACAAGCAUCAGCUCCAUUUUUCUGAAAUCUUUUAGCAAACACAGUGGUUAGGAUCUUUUCAAAUGCAAACAACCUUUGCAGUGAGGUGCAAUAAAAGGUGAAGGUUCUGCACAAAGGGCAUUAUUCUUUUACUUUAAGGGACAUUGGCCGAGGCCAAAUGCUACAAACACACUCUGGCAAGUUACAGUUUACUUCUGUAAAAAGAAAAAGAAAAAAAAAAAACAAGUCCAGAUUAAGAUGUAAGAGGAGUCCAGAUCAGGCAGCCGUUGUUAUCUAAGAGCACACGCAACAUCUUUUAUUCUUUCUUCCUUUGACAUUCAUAUGUGGAAAAAAAUAACUGCCCAUAUACACAACAGAGCAUCGUAACAAUGUUGUGACACUAACCAAAAUAUUGGGAAGCUGGCUUUCAUUGUGUGCAUGAACCUGUAUUUGUACUGUAAUUCUGAUAAGAUACUGUGUGGUCGUUUUUUUCUGUUUAUCAUCUCUAGGGCUGUACAGUACGUUGUCCAUUUCAGAAUGGGAAAAUGUGGGAAACAAAUGCUUUAAAGAUGCCCUCAUUUCAGAUAUACCCUGUAUAAAGCAUGAUAUAGGUUUUGUCAGAGUAUGCAGUGAAAUUAUCUUGAGUAUGUGUUUUGGAUAACACAUUAAUAUGGGAAAGUGUCUACAAAUCAUACAGUGGCAUAUUAAUUAUGUACACAAAGAUAGUUUGGAUUUCAUCAGAGGGCUGUUAAUACAAGAUGAGUGAUAGUUCUAUUGAUUAGAAUUUUUAUACUCACACAUAGUAUGCCGUGCUAUUAAAAACACUCCUCCAGGAUGACAUUUUCAUUGUAUAAGAAUAUAUUAACAGGAAAAAAAAAACUCUGGAAUGAGGUGGAAAUUAGUUUCAUAUCAUUCUGACAAUUGGAGGCAUCCAUGAUUCAUACAGGGGGUAUCUGUAUCCACUCCUCAAUUUGGGAUGUCUGUCUGAAUUCAAUCGCAGCUCCUGAUUGUCUCCUUCACACGAGACCAGAUGUUAUACAGCAAAAACUGCAAAGAGAGGUUGUACAAUUUGUUGGUAUUUUUUAAAAAAAACUGUGUCUGUAGUUUUUGAGUGUUUUUGUUUGUUUUGUAUUUUUGCAUCAUCAAACUUUAUGGGAAAAAAAAACAAAAUGCACAGAGGUGAUGUUAUUGUAAUGACUUGUGUAAAUUACUCUAUCUUCCCUUUCCAUUGUUGUUGCAGACUAAUAAAUUAAAGCUCUAUAUUUUAUAAGAAUGGAAUGCUCCCCCCCUUCAUUGUGAUUGGCUUGAUACUGGAUGUUUUCCAUGUUCUGCCCAGAAUCCUCUGGAUCCUUGGAAUAAAGUUGUACCUGUUAAAGAGA